CAUCCACCCCCAGCCAGCCGGCCUUUGGUUCUCCUCGGCCAGCACACCAAACACACCCAGCCAAGAUCUUUUCCAGCAUUUGAGAAAUGCCCACAGGACGUCCACAGAGAAGCACGGCAAAGUCCGCGGUCACUUCAGUUGCUGUCACAGGCAACUCGUCGGCGCUGGCAGGGAGCAAACGCAGCCGGGCCAAGACCACCGCAGCAGCGACCAAGGGAAGGAGCAAAGGCAGCGGACGAAAAAAUCGGGCAGAGUCCGAGUCAGACGAGGACAAGCAUGAUGCGGCCGCCAGCGAGGGCGACGAAGAUGCUGACGAAUACCAUGACGACGACGACGACGGUAGCAAUGACGACGAUGCCGGUGAUGGCGAGGAAUAUAGUGACGAGGAGCCGCCAAAGAAGAGGGUCGCUCUGCGCAAGUCACAGUCCGCAAAGACCAAGACCCAAGCUAUCGAGGAGCAUAUCGACGAAGACGGCGUUAUCCGCAUCACGCUGCCUCCUCGGCCGGUGCCCAAGAAGAAGGGUCCUCCGGGCACGAUCUACGACUUCACGCUGGAUUUUCUGCACGGCCUGGCCGAAAACAACGACCGCGAGUGGUUCUCCAUCAACGAGAACCGGUACAAGGCUUCCAAGGACAACUUUUGUGAAGCGAUGCAGGUCAUCAUCGAUGAAAUGCGCAAGCAUGAUCCGACUAUCAUGGAAGUGGCGCCCAAAGAAUCACUUUUCCGGAUCAACCGCGAUGUCCGAUUCUCACAAGACAAGAGCCCAUACAAAACGUGUCUCUCGGCGUCGCUCUCUCGCGGUGGCCGGAAGGGCGACUAUGCGCACUACUACAUCCACCUCCAACCCGGCAACGAGAGUCGCAUCGCCGGUGGCAUGUGGUGUUCCGCCAAGAGUCAACUCGAUGCCAUCCGAUCCCGUAUCGCCGACGACCAGAACCCGCUUGACCAGGCGACCAAGCACAAGGACUUUCAAAAGUACUUUGGCAAGGGCGGCAUCCAGCUUUUGAUUGACAACGCAACCCGAUAUGACAAUGUACUCAAGAAGGGGCCGGCCGGCUAUCCCAAGGACCAUCCGAACAUCGAGGCACUCAAGAUGAAGAGCUUUACGAUCUCGAAGCGAUUCACAGACGAGGAGGUGCUGCGCGUAGGCUUUAUCGACGAAGUCGUCGCAGCCUUGAAGAGCCUCACGCCCCUGAUAACUAUCCUUAAUAGCUGGUCGCGAUGAAGCUGGGGACUCGCAGACCGAAGCGGGGGCCAUUUGGGGCCGACAAUCCAUGUGUCUCUGCAUUCUGAUCACAGCCAUUCUGAUCACAGCCAUUCUGAUCACAGGCAUUCUGAUCACAGGCAUUCUGAUCACAGGCAUUCUGAUCACGCACACCACC